CGAAAAAUUCAUCGCAGCGAACAGCUGUCUGGCUUUGUUAUUACGAGAUUGUAAAUAAAAAUUUUGAAAUUAUUUUCGGCCUGGAAAUGUCGUUCCUAUUGAGGCAGUUGAUCAAGCCGGGGCUGCAAAGAAAUUUCUUAAGCUCGGUGGCUGCCGUCCGGCACGCCGCCUCGGCCAAUGCCAAUGAAAAACAGCAGCAGAUACAGGUCAGUGAGCCGUGCUUGAAACGUUUACGUGAGAUCUGCAUCGAUGGCUCGUUUCUGCGCAUCACCGUCGAGGGUGGCGGCUGCUCGGGCUUCCAGUACAAGUUCGAUCUGGACAACAAGAUGAACGAGGACGAUCUACAGUUUGGCGAGGACAAAGCCAAGGUGGUGAUUGACACCGUGUCGCUGGAGUACUGCACUGGCUCCACCGUCGACUAUCAUGCCGAGCUGAUACGAGCGGGCUUUCGCAUGAUGGCCAAUCCGUUGGCCGAGCAGGGCUGCUCCUGUGGCUCGUCCUUCUCCGUUAAAUUGUAAUCGGCUAAGCCGUUGUUAAACGUUAGUGAAUUAUUUAAUAGAUACACAUAUAUAUGUUCAGUUA